AUGGACCAUCGGAAUCAUCCACCGCCAAAUGCAUGGAGUCUCCGGGGAGAGCCGCCGGAAUUCGACGAUGGCCGUCGGAACAUCCGCCGCGUCGGAGCUCACCCGGAGGAGGAGGAGCUCAUGAUGAUGGAGGACCCCCGCAUAGCUUCCCAGCAACGCCACAUCGAAACCCUCUAUCACGAAAACGAGCGCCUCGCCGUCUCAUGCUUCAGACUCAAGCGAGAGCUCGCCGCCGCCAAUCAGGAGCUCCGGCGCCUCUCCGCCACCGCCUCCGCCGUCAAGGCGGAGGCGGAUGCUCAGGUGAGCGAGGUCUACGAGAAAUCGAUUAUCAUGGAAGUCGAUAUCCGCGCCGCCGACAAGCUCCGAACUCAGUGGGCCCAGGUCACCGCCGACGUUGAGAAACUUAACGCCCAUCGUACGGAGCUCGUUGCUCAGAUGAAGGAGAUCGGCGAUGAAAUGAUGAGGAUUCUCCCGGAGGUGAAGCAGUCUCAGGCGAUCAAAGCUGAGAUCGAAACCGUGCAAAACGAAGUUCAAAGAGGAAGGGCUGCUGUUGAAAAUGAGAGGAAGAUGUACGCCACUCACCUUCAACAGAGCCAGGUAAUGGAGAAGCAUUUAGCUUCUAUGGAAGCUGAACUACAAAGCCUCCACAUUCAAGUUGAACAUGCAACCAUGAGAGAAAGGGCAGCUGCUGCUUAUGCAGGUUUACCAGUUCAAUGGUAG